GAAACCUGCCCAACACCAGCCUUUCAACUCCACCUGCCAGCGACACCGUCGCAUUUAGGAUAUUUUCAUCCACAAUUUUAUGCCACAUAUCCGCUUGUUUGCAUGGCCGCUGAUGGGCUGCGGGACAGAAUGGGGAUUGUCGUCGGUAUCAUCCCGCAGCCCAGACCUGCUUACCCGGGGCUUUCUGGCCUCAGUACAUUAGCUAGCGAACAGACAUUUUUUCUGACCAGAAGCCCUUGGAAUGCUUCUGCUGCUAAAUGAUGGUAAAGGAUUUCAUGAACAACAAACAUGAGGUUUCCCUCGGCUUGACUGUAACGAUGAGAAAGGCAGUGCUGCGGCGGAUCGACAGGGUUUCCAAAAACUACGACCAGGAUAUGAUCCACAGGGCGUCUGCUGGUGUCUGUCAGCUCCAAGAAACGAUGAGUUUACAGAUGCUUAGGCAGAAUACUACUGCCUGCGGCUUAUAAAAUCAAGAUUGGAAAUCCGAGUUGACAUCAGACCCACCAGUAAACCCUAUGUGAACAGUGAUGAACCCACAUCCUGUACUGUCACUGGGACUGGGGAUCUACUGGCACGAGCUUCUGUGGAAAACACGGAGACAUGACAUGCACAAGAAAAAAGAGGAAACGCAGCUUUGGCUUCUUUAAAGCCUUUGUCUUAUAAAAGGAUUCCGCAGCAGGCUUUCCCAAAUACCUUUUACAAAUACUUGGACCAUUGACACAGUCGGGUGCUGCUGUGUUUCUUAUUAACCAAUUGUUUCCGGUCACUCAUUUUUCAGUGGGAACAGCCAGGUGGAUCGCUGUAGUCCGUAUUUCAUGUAGACUGCAACAGACGGCCUGCAUGCCAUAGUCUGGAGGACAAGCAGCCCACAGCAGGCUCUGGGGAGGAUCAGGAAGUGAGACGACACAAUACACCACCAAAGGGGCCCUGCUCGAAAUGGGGCAAUGUGGAUUAAGGUGGUCUUGUUCCUUGUGAAUUGCAAAAAAGAAGCAACCACGAGGACGAAGGAACAAUUAGCAGACGGAGGAGGUGGUGGGGGAGUGGUGGCUUUGGUGAUUGAAGAACAGGUGGAAUGGGUGGGGGGGCAUUCAGGAUGGCAAAUGGAAACGAGAGCGGCGAAGGGCCUGCUGGGCCCAUGGCGGCAGUGGUGGCUACUGCAGGAGGUAUGGUAGCAGAGAGUCCAUCCUCGGCUGUCAGUACCUAUAUCAAACUGGUGCUAUUGGGGCUGAUCAUCUGCAUUAGCCUUGUGGGCAACCUGGUGGUGUCUCUGCUUGUACUGCGGGACCGGGCCCUGCAUAAGGCACCUUAUUACUUCCUGCUGGACCUGUGCCUGGCAGACACCAUUCGCUCAGCCAUCUGCUUCCCCUUUGUACUAGUGUCUAUAAAGAACGGCUCAGCCUGGACUUACAGUGUGCUGAGCUGCAAGGUAGUGGCCUUCAUGGCAGUGCUCUUCUGCUUCCAUGCCGCCUUCAUGCUGUUCUGCAUCAGCGUAACACGCUACAUGGCAAUUGCGCACCACCGCUUUUACUCAAAGCGUAUGACAUUCUGGACAUGUGUGGCAGUGGUGUGCAUGGUUUGGACGCUGUCUGUGGCGAUGGCAUUCCCACCUGUCUUUGACGUGGGCACCUACAAAUUCAUUCGAGAGGAGGACCAGUGCAUCUUUGAGCAUCGCUACUUCAAGGCUAAUGAUACACUAGGCUUCAUGUUAAUGCUGGCUGUACUCAUUCUAGCCACACAUGUUGUCUACAUGAAGUUACUCCUCUUUGAAUACAAGCACCGCAAAAUGAAGCCAGUCCAGAUGGUGCCAGCCAUCAGUCAGAACUGGACCUUCCAUGGGCCGGGGGCUACUGGCCAAGCAGCAGCCAACUGGAUUGCAGGCUUUGGCAGGGGCCCCAUGCCACCCACUUUACUGGGAAUCCGGCAGAACUUGCACAACCAGAACCGGCGUCUGUUGGGCAUGGAGGAGUUCAAAGCAGAGAAGCAGCUUGGCAGGAUGUUCUAUGUGAUCACCCUGCUGUUCCUGGUGCUCUGGUCUCCCUAUAUAGUAGCAUGUUAUUGGAGGGUGUUUGUCAAGGCUUGCACAAUACCACACCGGUACCUCUCCACCACUGUGUGGAUGAGUUUCGCUCAAGCCGGGGUCAACCCUAUUGUUUGUUUCUUCCUUAACAAAGACUUGAAGAAAGGGCUCCUUUCCCAUCUACCAGCCUGCUGCAGGACUAAACCUCAUCUGCCACGAGAGCCUUAUUGCAUCAUGUAAGCAGAGAUGAUGAUCUAAACAUGGAGAAAAACCAAGGGUCAACCAACAGAUUUGUUGUGGGAGUGUUUGCUGAAGUUAUUGUUGUGUUUGAUUCGAUGCAAGCUAAUUUUAAGCAGUGGCUGCACACUAGUGAGUGUAGUGGUAAAAACACUGGAAUGGUGAGCAUGUAUUUCCAUCUACCAAUCCCUUUUCACUCAAAACAAAAGCAUAAAUGGAGUCAGAUAUUGACUUUUGAUACCAAGAAAAAUACUUUAACAGCAAAACAUGCAAAUAAUAAUGCAGCCUUGUGGAAACCAAGCCAGACAAAUAGCCACCGACAAAUUACAUAAGCUGCUUCAUAAAGAAUGUGAAAAGGAUGUUUUUAGUUGUUUUGGAGACAUAAAUAAUCCUAAAAGAGAAAAAAAAGCAACUUUUCUAGUCUAAAACUAAAUUUUCCUAACAUGCUGGAUUAGCCAGAUAUUGUUCUUUAUAUAGUGACAAUAGAGAAACAAGAGGAAAUGAGGUAGGGAGAUGCAACAAAGAUUCCUGGCCAGAUCUGACAGAUGAAUUUUAGAUCUUGACAACAUUACUUAAAAAAAUAUAAUUAAGAGGAUCUGUGAGCUUAAUGUUUUAAUUUUUGGACACAACUCUCUAUCCAAAGACAGUCUCAUUUUGUUCACUUAUUUACCCAUGUGGAGAAACAAAGGUUAAGUUUUUAUAAUCAGUUAUCUCAAUUUACAAUAUCAGUUACAUAAGUUGGGAAUCAGUUGAAAUUAUAAAACACAUUAUGUCACAUUCUGGGUAUAAAAAUCAAAUCUGUUAAGUCUUCAGAAAAUGGGGGGAAAUGUGAACUUGGUGGAGGAAACAAAGGCAGCCUCGAAAAUUCUGGGGACUCAGGCACUAGUUAGAUGGUUUAAACUGAUUUUAGGUUUGUAAUGAUAUAUAAGUGCUCCUAUGAAUGCCCUUCAAUGAACGAGGAACAUAUUACUUUUUCUUUUGUCUGAAGCAAGUACAUCAGUGGCAGGAACUCCCAAGAAGUGCUGCACACCAGCUUCUAUGACUAUGAUGAUGUAUCUUUAUUUUUUUUAAUUAUUAUUUUAUUAUCUAUUAUUAACUUAUUCAUACAACAAAAAUACCCAAUAAAUUGUGGGCUGUACUAAACAUUGUUUUAAAUGCUGAUGCUACUGAGCCUUUAGUCUUUGCUUUUCCUAAAUUUCAGUUAUGUGAUGCACCCAUCAGAUGAUUCCUGUCUGAAAUCUCUUACUCACCACAGAGUAACCAACGACAUGUUCAUUCAUACAACUGAGUGAUUGAGGGAAUGAUUUCUGACAGUCCAGCAGCAAUCAAAUCUUGAUUGCAAUCCAAACUGUUUAUUAUUAAAACUGUCUGUUGGAAAUCAGAGAAAAAAGAGCUGCACAAGACUGAGGAGGAGAAAUGUGAUGAUAGAUUAAUAAGCCAAAGCAAAACAGACACUGCAAAGUAAAUGUAAGUUUUGGAAGAAAGAAUGUGGCAUGACAUAACAGACAUGAGAAAGUCUACAUGAUUUUCUGUUGCCAGUCCUCUUAGCAAAUUUUCAUUGUGUGUCAAUGAAAAAAACUUCCAUCUGUGCAAGUGAUGGAACCCUAAAACAUUUUGUUGUCCUUGUUCGACUGCAAUAAGGAAUUCUUUUCAGGCUUGGAAUAAACCUAUACACAAAACCUAAUUUGUAUAGGAAUUUUCCCUAAGGGACAAACCAUGAGUUACAUCUGUAAAACAAUUUUUACUGGAGAGAAAUGAAGAAAAUCUUUUCUGGAGGGACUACAUAACAGGGCGCUGAUAACUGUAUCUAGGUCUUCAAUCACUUGUUCAGGGACAGUUUCUUUCAAAGCCACAUUUGUAUCAUGUGAAAAACGGUAUAUAUCAAGUGAAAUGUGAAAUACACAACCAAAGCACAGGCCAGACUGUCUCCCCUACCACAGACAGGAGUGUUUUUCAUUCACAUUAAUUUCCUGUCAACUCUGAGUUUAGCCAUCAGGAUGUUUUUGAUAUUUCAACAGCUCCACAGGGGCUUAAUCACAUACCUUGGUUUUACUGCUGUAAAAGGAGCUUCAUACAUUUGUAGCAGCCACCUGUUGGGGGUUGAUAUAAAAGCCCGUAUCUGUCCAUUUCAGGAAUUUUGAGAUCAAAAUGAUGAGAUACUAAAUUAAAAUCAACUUUUCUAAGCCAUCAAAAGUAAGAGACAAAGUCAAAAAUUCACCUUGCUAUGUUAGACUGAUUAGAAAUUAAGGCAAAAUUAUGAGAUAAAUCAAAACUUUAAUUAAUCAUUGUAAAGCUGUGAGGUGAACAGCACAACUACGCUGUUUAACUCACAAAAUGGAGCAGUGCUGGAACUAGCUCGCAAGAUUACAAGAUAAAUCUGGAGUGAAUAUACUUCAUAUUUAGAUCAUACAGUAGAGCUUAGGUGAAAUUAGAUUUAAAUCAUCGUUAUUUCACGUACUGAAGGGAUGAGGAUGUACAUUUACUGCUUUGUUUUUGUACAAAUCUAGAUAAAUCAAUUAAUUCUUUCUUGUUUCUCUCUGAAAAGGAUUUGUAACUUGAAAUGGAGUGUAGGUGGAAGUAAAGGACAGGGCACAGAAAUUGUAAUUUGUCAGUGAAUGUCUGAAAACAUGAUACAGUCCCUAAGAUUGAGGGGAAAUGGUGUGUUUUAUGGUUUGAUGUGCCCCUUUGUCUCUGUCAUGGCAUAUCUGACACAACCAAUAACACAAUGCCACAGAGAAUCGCUAAUCUUAUUUUUAUUUUCAGAAUUAUGGCCUUACUCCAUAAAAAUGUCAAACCAAUGCAACAAAGAGUAGAGAAAUGUGUCUCCUCUUUAUGCGCUGAAGUCGUUCAAAAAAGAAGAAACAGAACACUGUGUACACUAGUGACAUUUAGAAGACUUGUUGCUUUUCCCAUCAAACCCUGGGGGGACUGUGGUCAAGGACAGCUGAUGGGGAAAAAAUGAACAUUCACAGUAGUAGAAAUGACUUUUCUAUUGCAGUUUGAUGAUCUGUGUGAACCCCGCUCUGGAUUUUUGUGGAACUAUUUUUCUCAGCUGUUUUCCUCUCUGAUAUCAUCCUGGGGAAUGAAAGAAAAAUGACUGGUCUUUCCAUUUUCAUUUCUGAGACAAAGCCAGAGAAAAGUGUGGAUUCACAGUUGAUGCUUGAGAGGCCUGACAGUGCUUUUUUUUAGUUGCCUCAGGCAAAUUAUCUUUUGUAAAUUUACUGUGACCUCUGUACUAUUUAGUAUGUAUUAUAUUGACAGCAAACUAACUUUGAAAUGCAAGAGUUCCUGAUCAUUGUAUUUUUACUGUGACUGUGUGCGUGCGUGCGUGCGUGUGUUGCUAUUGGCAGGUAUAAAGGUGUGUUUGUGUAAGAUAAUGGUUUCAUGGAUGACACAGGAAAGCAAGAGGGAAAAUACUGAACAGAUACCUAUUGCAUUUUGAAGAUAUCAUUCCUGCAAAUGCUUCCUCAGUAUUUCUCAUGUUGACCCUUUUUCUGAUACAAAGAUCUGAAUGUGUUUUCAAACCAAUGAAGUUUACUAUAAGUCCCUUUUUUUUUAAAAACAAAUUAGAUUAUUAUUACUUGGAGUGGAUUUGUCUGUACAUAUUUAGGGACAAAAAAGCUUGAGAUAAAGCAUCCAGACAGGCCAAAUAUGACUGCAUACACUCGCGUCUUUCUGAAUCUUUCAUUGAAGAAUUAAUACAUAAAAAAUUAUGUCAAGCUACAGUUUUCAUGAUGAUAAAUAACCAAAAUUGUACAAACAAAGCACUUGACAGUUUCACUUUGACAUCCAAUCAGCAGGAUAAAACCAAAUUAUUCAGCUUGAAUCACCAUCAUUCCUAUCAGUCAUAACAACACUAUACUUCCCAGCUGCACUGCUGAGACCUGUGAACACAAUGACAUCACAGUCUGGAAGGUCAAGAAACAAGAGCAAUCAGAUAAUAAGACAGGUUGGAAACAAAGCAACAGAUAAGUCAAACUUACUUGGAAGAGAAAACAGAAGCAAACAGUAAAAUUAUCUCCAGAAUUAUCUGUUGUAAACAUCUACCACACCUUACAGACCCACUUUUUGCUUCAACUUGGACCUAGUUUACCUGGCUGACACUUAGGGUACAGUUACUCUAAUUUUGACCUCCAAAUAUAGUGGUUUAGGUAACCUGGAUAAACUGUUGGUUUCCAGCCUGUCUGAUCAUUCACUCGUGUUUCUUCUCGUCAGACUUUUGUUGUCGCCGUGUUCCCAGAGCUAAGAUGUAACCAAUAGACAUGACUUCUCAAAUUACAAAGAAAUAAAACCUAAGUUAUAAUUAACUGGAAUUAUGCUUUAAUGUUUGCCUUUUGUCUCAAAGUUUGGCUCUCUAAUGGCCUGGUCACACCAGAAAUUAGCAGUGUGUGAGACUUUUGUUGCACUUAUCAAGCAGCACUAGAGAUUAACUUUCACAACAAAAUAUAGUUAGACAACAGCUUCAUACGGUAUCUCAAAAUAGCUGAAGGUCUUUUUUACUGCAGGUUUUAAUCUGACAGAAUUAUUUUAUAAAACUGAACAAGCUAGUAUGGAGCUCCCAAUGUCCCAAAAGAUGUUUUUUUCUUAUCUUGAUAGUAGAUUGUGCAAAAGAAAAUAAAUUAUGUGUGUGCUCAAGAUUUUAAAAAAUAUCAUAUUUCAGGACUUUUGAAGCUUCGUGAGGAAGCUCCCUCCAUUUAGGACACUGCAGCAUGAUGGCCCUUUUUUAGGUCAGCAAAGUCGAAGAUGACCAACAAUGGCAAACUUGCUUGUUUACAAAAGUUGAAUAAAAUUGAAUCUAAUAGAUGUAAUAAUUCCAUUUUAAUUAAACACAAUUUGGUGUGAAUUGUUUGCUGUCAUGAAUGCUGUUGGGACUGGGCCCCAGCAGUAAAUUUGAUGACUGAAUUUCCAAAUUAGUCUGGUUGUUCUGCUUUGUUACUGUGAUGUGGUAAACACGCACAGUAUCAGAAAUCACAAUGACAAGGUAUCACAGCAGCUAUCUACAGUGUAUCUUUGAGUGUCUUAGAGAGGUUGCCAGGCCUAUGAAUUCUCCAGAAAGUGUUUAAUUUUAACCUUAAUCGUUAAAAGAAAAGAUUUAAUUUCCAUGCGUCCUGAAGUAUGAUAUCAUACAUAAAAAAUACCGAGAGGUUUAAAGGAUGUAAAAGGAAUUUCUACUGACCACUGAAAAUCAUGGAGGCUAUUCAGACGCUCUAGUUUCCCUUUGUUCUGUUUUUUUUUAAGUGUUUGGGCUAUUACGCAUGUAUCUGGCAAUUUAUGAUUUUUGUUGUUGAUUUGUAAUGAAAAUAAAUUUCAUUUGAAAUGAUCAGAACAUUAUUAU